UUUAUUUGGUCUCGCGUUUUUGUCGGAGAAACAAGAAUUUUUUUUAUUAGAAGGCAUAGUCUUUGUUAACAAGUUUUUUUCUUUGUAAUUAUUAAUUGAUAUUAAUAAUAUAUCAUUUGAAACAUUUAAGAGUGAACAAGUUAUUCUAUGACUUUUAAAGGUUAUUGUGUUUGUGUAUAAACAUUGAAAUUUACCUAUUCCGCCGUCGCUGUGUGAGCGAGUAACGAUUUGCCUAUACCAUAUUGUUGGUUGCCAAAGUGUAUUGGGUAGAGAGGAAUAGCAGAUACAUUUGUUGAAGGACGUUUCCAUUUUUACAUUAUUCGGUCUUGGCGAGUGCUGGCGCUUAAUAUUUACUGCACUAGUACUUUUAAAGUGGUCGUCGCAAAUGCUUUUGACCAAACAUUUGCAACACACAAUUUGCACACUGUUAUGAGUGUUUAUUUAGUAUUACUGUAAAAGGUAAUGUUUCAAAGUUAGACCACAAAUAUUAAAGAAAGUAUAAUAAACUUUUGAGUUGCAUCGAAAAGGAAUACAUACAUAUACUGUACUUUGUUCUAUGCGAUUCUUGCCCGCGCUUUUAUUACAUUUUUAAAUAUUUCGUGCGUGAGCAUAGGAAGUAGUUAAGCUGGAUAACAACAUGGGCAGUUCGGAUGACCGCGUUUACGCGGCGGAGCGUAUAAUACAGAAACGCGUUAGGAAGGGUGUACUAGAGUAUCGAGUAAAGUGGAAAGGUUGGAAUCAACGCUACAACACAUGGGAGCCAGAAGUGAAUAUUCUUGAUCGAAGGCUUAUAGAAAUUUACGAACAAAGUAAUAGAUCAUCGAAUACUCCAUCAAAGCGAGGUGGUAAACGCAAAGAAAAAGCUCAAGAUCCUGAACCUGAAUCUGAGGAGGAUGAAUAUAUCUUCACCGGCGAUGAUGUAGAUACAAAUCAGGCUUCUACAUCAGCCGCGGCAGCGGCAUUAUCAAACAGUAAUCACCACUCUUAUCAUCAUGAAAAAGAAAAGGAUAAAAAACGCGAGCACAAUCAUCAUCACCAUCAUCACCACUCAGCAAAAUCUGAACGGAAUCGUUCUCAUUCGCCCCACAUAGACCCGUAUCGAGAUACCGGCGGCCAUAAGAGACAUACGUAUACCUCUGCGUCAGCAUCGGUAUCUGCUGCUGUUGUGGCAGCAUCAGCUGCUUCCAAUUCUGCGCUGAAUUUCAUUCCCGAAGUCGAUUCAAACUCGUCCAGUUCCGAGGACCAGCCGCUGAGUCGAAAAGAAGUGCCAUCUAUGGGUACUAAGCGCAAGGCAGAAGUGUUGAAGGAGUCUGGUAAAAUAGGAGUCACUAUAAAAACAUCACCUGAUGGUCCCCCGCUGCCUAAGCAACAUUGUGUGGGUGCGGUCAAUUUAGACACAGCCACCUCGAUAUCAACACCGCUCAAGUCGGAAACUGAACCGCUUUCACCAGAAACACCAGCUUCGCGACCAGAACAAUCAACUCCCGCAGAGAAAACCACAACAGUACAGCAACAUUACAACGCCACAGCAGCGGCGACUGGGGAUGACGAUGAUUCAUCCUCACAAGCUGAUAGUCAAAUGGAGAACAACAAUUCGGCUGUGCACAAGUCGACGGGCGAUGACGGUGCGCACUCCCCGAAACGUAACGGGCACUCUACAAACCAACAUCAGCAGCAAAGCACUUUGGGGCCACUUUCUCCGAAAGCACUGCCACCACGGUUUUGGUUGCCUAGUAAAUGCAAUAUAUCCGACAAAGUGGUGAUCACCGAUGUCACGGUAAAUUUAGAGACAGUGACCAUACGUGAAUGCAAAACAGAGCGUGGCUUCUUUAGAGAGCGUGAAUUGAAGUCUGGUGGCAUGAAAACAGAAACGGACUCCGCGGCCUAAAAACUCACCAAGCCAGUAAAAAAGUCCUACACAAUUUGUAUACUGCGACUCAGUGUUGCCAGCUGCAAACAGCAAAACUAUAUAACAGUAUGUAAUGACAUAUGAAGAGCAUAUUUUUUAUUUUUUCGCUGGUUAUUUCUUAAUUGAUCAAGAAAGUUGUAGAUAGUGUACCAUAAUUUCUACAUAGUUUCAAUAUAUGUAUAUGUAUAUAUACCAGCGUACUAUAUAUUUGAAGGUGAUACAUAAAAGCCGGAAAAAACAGAAAAAAUUACUUUAGCUACCUAACCAUUCGGAUAUAUUUGAAGGCGUUGAUUUUUUUCGUUGAAACAUUGGCAAUUAUAGUAAGAUCAAAAGCAGAAUGUAUAGGCCCCACUAAGGGAAUUAAAUUUUAUACUAAAGCUUUUAACUACAUUCGGAUUUUGUGCAGAAGAAAUAUUAUAACAAGUUGUUAUCCUAACUUUUGUACUCAUAAUCCAUGAUUAGCUUUAUAAACAUUCCAUAAUCGCUUUACGCUGUACGCACAUAUGCUAAUACUCUGAAAGCUAAUAUAAGGUUGCAUCCUAUACUUUUACAACAAGCUCUGUAUUUGCUGUAAAACAUUGCAAAUAAACCUGGGGAAAUGCAGGUGGCGCGAAAGUUUUUGGUCGGAUGUAGAUCCUUGCCGUUCCGUUAUCGUAGAUUCGAUUGAGAAGGGGAAAAGGAAACAAAAAGAUGCAACUAAACAUAUUUUCAUAUAUAUUAUACGUUGGUAGCCUUGCAGGUUGUGGAGCAUAUACAAAUCAAUUACGUUUCAAAUUAUCUUGUAGUGUUAUGCUCCUCCACGAGAUUAUAUAUAUAUAUAAUUGGCGCGUACAUCCUUUUUGGGUGUUUGACCGAGCUUCUCCUAUUUGUGACGUGCGUCUUGAUGUUGUUCCACAAAUGGAGGGAAGGUACGAGAUUCCAUCUAUAAAAAAUACGUUUGCUAAAUGUAACUGUAGAUGAGCCCGACGAAGAGGGAAGUUAGCCGUAAUAUAUUCUUGCAGGGCUUAGAACUCCCAAUUGCCAAUAAUAGCAUUGCAAAAUAAAAUGUCUGCAUUUUGAUCGCAUAAAUUUAGUAAUUUGAAUUGCGAAUACAAAUUGCAUCUGGAUUGCCAAUUACAUUGAUUUUAUUUCAAGCAUUUGCAUAUUAUUCGAUAUGUCAGUGGUAUAAAGCCGGCCAGCUACUCGGUUUAGUUCUUUUCUGAGCGACGAAUUAAUUCAUAACAAGCAAGUAAAGAACAAAGAAAUACUUAAAAAAAAAAAUAAAUAAA